UGUAAACACUUUAUGCUAACAGCUACCUCUACCCACCAUCCUCCCACCACCCUGUGCGGUGGUGCAUGACUGCCGGUGGAGGAGCUCUAAACUCAGCCACCACCACUACCAGAAACGCCCCGCGGAUCAUACAUGAAAAGAUAGGAUUUCUUGUAGUGGAAAAGAUAAGGAGAAAAUGGGUCAGGGGCUAAGUUGCGGGACUAAUGAUGAACAUGGGCUAUUCAGUGCUGUCCAGCAUGGGGAUUUGGAAACUGUGGAGGCAGUUUUAGACAAAAACCCAAGUCUUAUCCAUCAUACAGUUUAUGAUCGAUACUCUGUUUUGCAUGUUGCUGCUGCCAAUGGCCAGAUCGAGAUUCUUUCCAUGCUUUUGAGUCGAUCUGUUAAUCCAGAUUUGUCGAAUCGCCACAAGCAAACUCCAUUGAUGUUGGCUGCAAUGCAUGGAAAGAUCAACUGCGUGCAGAAGCUCAUAGAAGCUGGGGCUAACAUUUUGAAGUUUGAUUCGGUUAAUGGACGGACAUGCUUGCACUAUGCUGCCUAUUAUGGUCAUUCUGAUUGCCUGAAAGUAAUUCUUUCUGCUGCACGCACCAAUCAUGUUGCUGUUUCCUGGGGAUAUUCUCGGUUUGUGAAUAUUAGAGAUGGUAAAGGAGCAACUCCAUUGCACUUGGCCGCUCGUCAAAGACGGCCUGAAUGUGUUCAUGCAUUGCUGGACAGUGGAGCUCUAGUUUGUGCUUCAACGGGUGGAUAUGGCUUUCCAGGGAGCACUCCGCUUCAUUUGGCAGCAAGAGGAGGUUCUCUUGAUUGCGUUCGCGAACUCUUAGCCUGGGGUGCAGAUCGACUUAACAGAGAUGCAUCAGGGAGAAUACCGUAUACGGUUGCUCUGAGGCAUAAUCAUGGAGCUUGUGCGGCGUUACUGAAUCCAUCGUCUGCUGAGCCUCUUGUCUGGCCAUCACCUUUAAAGUUGAUUAGUGAGCUUAAUCAGGAGGCCAAAGUUCUGUUGGAACGUGCAUUGAUGGAGGCAAACAGGGAAAGAGAAAAGAGCAUUCUAAAGGGCACUUCAUUCUCUGUAGCUUCUCCAUCUCAUUCUGAUACAGGAACUGAUGAUAACGUAUCUGAGAUUAGUGACACGGAGCUGUGCGGGAUAUGCUUUGAUCAAGUUUGCACAAUUGAGGUCCAACCCUGCGGACACCAGAUGUGUGCUCAAUGCACAUUGGCCUUGUGUUGCCAUAACAAACCGAACCCAAUGACUGCAACCGUUGCAAUACCAGCCUGCCCGUUCUGCCGAAGCAGCAUUGUCCAAUUGAUUGUUGCAAAGGUUAAAACCGAGAACAGCAUUGAACUUGAUGUCAACUCUCCGAAGCUGAGAAAGUCUAGGAGGUCUUGGAACCUCAAUGAAGGCAGCAGCAGUUUCAAAGGCUUAGGAGCAGUAGGGUCAAUAAGUAAAAUUGUUGGACGGGGUUCAGGCAGGAUCGCCAUUGAGAAUGAAUGGAUUGAUAAGCCAGUAGGUCUUGAUACAUGAUAAAGCUUGGUAUCAAGAUUCAAGAAUCAAAGAAGUCCCGACUUGGUGAAAAAGGAUCGAAGCGAUGGGUCCCGCAUCCACAUUGGUAUAGAUACAUAGCUCUCCAUCUGCUGUGUAGAAUUGGGAAAUAAGCAAAGCAAAGUGGUUUUGCAGCUUUGGGUUGGUGAAUCUAUCGUUUGUGGGUCAGAUUAUUGUAAUAUUUGGUUUCACUUCGGCUUGAAGAAGGUUGUGCUUUUGGGGCCUAUUAGUGACCUGCAUAGAAAGAAUUCUUUUACCUUUUUUUUUUUUUUUUUUUUAAUUUAAAUUCAACAUUCUUCCACAUUCUUCACUGCCUACCACCAAGUUUAGGUUGUAAUAUACAGGAUCAAUGGAAAUAGCCAAGCAAGCGAGCAGGAGAGUUGAUCCUA